AUGAGCACAGAAGAAGGAAAAGUCGAACCGUUUCUCAAAUUGGAGCCAGUUUCAUCGCCCGGCUCUUCAGUGAACUCGUACCGAGGAAGAGGUGAGAAACCGAAAUGCGCGGUUUGUCACGAGGACGGAGAUGGAUUGCAUUUCGGCGCUGAAGCUUGCAGGUAGGAAGGGAAGCUCCGGAAUUUUCGAAAUUUGUUGGAUUCAGAGCUUGCACCGCUUUCUUUCGCCGCAGUGUGGCGCUCAACAAAACGUAUAGAUGUAGAGUCGAUGGGCACUGCGAAAUAACAUCCAGUAAGUUGCAGAUUGAAACGAAACAGUACAAAAAUGAGUUCAGACAUCCGAUGCAUGUGCCGUUCGUGUCGAUAUGAUAAAUGCAUUGAUGUGGGAAUGCACCCGGAAUUCGUGCAAAACCGACGGGAAACUAUAGGGAAACGAGAUGAAGAUCCCGUCAAAUCGAUCACUUCUCCGCCUUCUUCUGCGUCCACAUCAACCUUUCCAACUACAUCAUCGGCCGCUGCUCUUCUAGACUUUUCCCUUUUCAAAUCUGAAUCUCCGAGCAGUUUCACCGCAUUCUCGCUGCCUGCGUCUCUGCCCGGUCUCGUCAUCACUCCGUCGUUAGAGAGUAUGCCACUUCUGGAGAGAAUGAUGAUCAACUACAAGAAAAUGGAGAACGCGAGAAGUGUUAUUCACCGGCUCGAAGGGGAGAACAUCUUCCAGCAGAAAGUGCCGCGUGAAAUCAACUUCCGGCAGGCUACAGAAGUGACGACAAAGGAAGUUUCCCUGGUGGCCGACUGGAUCGAGUGGUGCUUCGAUGACUUUUCGGUGCUUCCGGUCGCUCAAAAGACGAUUCUCUUCCAGAACUUUUUCAUUUAUUUCUCAAUGCUCGAGAAGGCGUUUAUGACAGUCAGAAGUGGUGAGUAGUAUUCUGUUAUUGUUUGUCAACUGAUUAUGUUUCAGGGAGAGAUAAUGUUGUGGUGAUGGCAUCGAAGGAUUACAUCAAUUACGCGAAUCUUGAGAACUUCUUCACUGAACUUGAUAAGGAAAAGUCGGCGAGUCCGGAAGAGUGUCUAAAGUAAGUGGUCGAUUGUACUAGAGUACGGUUUCGAUGAAUGAUGUCUAGAAUUUGCAGACUGAUUCUGCCGUCGUUUGAACUUCAAAAGAAGAGUUUGUUCAACUUGAUGAGGAUAGAAAACGUGGAUAUCUACGAGUUUUUCGCCCUUUGUGUUCUUCUUUUCUGGGAUUUCGGCCUCGAAGGACAGAGUGACGAGUGCAACGAAGUGGGCAGAAAAGUGAAACAACGAGUCACCAGGGAGAUGACGUUCUACUUGAAACACGUGAAAAAGCACGAGGAACCACUGUGUCGACUGGCCGCCAUCGUUUCGAUUCUGCCGACACUGCAGGCAAGCGCUCUUUCACUCAAUCUUUAA